AUGUUUCCAAAGAGGUCUUGGGUCUGGAGGCUGCUGUGCCUGUUGCUGUGUUGGAAUGUGAUGGCAGCUGGGAUCUUGGGGCCGAUUCGCAGAGAUGACGCUUCUCCCACAACGACCAUUGCUCCCACUACGACAGAGAACACCAGCCAAGACAAGUCGACUGCAACUGCUCAGACCAGCACGGAGAGCACUCAGGGCUCCUCUGUUGCUUCCACAGGAGCAACAGUCACUUCAAGUGCUUCAAGCACGGCGACAGCAACUCUUAUACCCUCGGCGCUCAAUGGAAACUCCCCCAGCAAUGUCUCCAGCAUUUAUAACUCCACAAUUGCGGAAGGCGAGCUGCCGCUUCAACCGCGGCUGACCCCCGGAUGGGCAGUGGCUGGUGUGAUACUCCUCCUGACAGGAGCCGUUCACACACUCAUUGGGAUCAAGAACAACUGGUUGCACACAUUCUUUUCGUCGGCCUACUUAGCCGGCCUAUCAACAACCGUCUUGAUUGUCUAUGUUAUGGUGACACCUAUCUCGGAUGGCAUCCAGGGUGCCUACGUCGUGGCUGUAGUAGUCACUGGGCUCAUUCUCGGCGGAGGAGCAACCAUCUUCAGGGAGCUCACGGAGAGCCUUGGGUGCUUGCUAGGGGGGUUCUGUGUGUCGAUGUGGCUCCUCACGUUGCAGGAGGGUGGUCUUUUGAAGAACACCACUGCCAGAGUAAUCUUCAUCACCGCGUUCACGCUAGCAGGUUUUGCGUUCUACUUCAGCCGACACACCCGAGUAUACGCUCUCAUUGGUCUCAUUGCGUUCUCCGGUGCCACAGCUACUGUCUUGGGGAUCGAUUGCUUUAGUCGAGCGGGCCUGAAGGAGUUCUGGGCGUACAUCUGGGCACUGAACGAGAACUUAUUUCCUUUCGGUGUCGAUACUUACCCCCUGACCAAGGGCAUCCGCGUCGAACUGGCCCUGAACGUCAUCCUGUGCAUCAUCGGCAUCAUCUCUCAGCUCAAGCUCUGGAGGAUCAUCCAGGCGCACCGGGCGAAGCGGGCCGAGGCACGCGAGGAAGCACAGAAACAACGCGACCUCGAAGAGGCCAACUUGGGGCAGCAGAUCGAAGAACAAACAGCGCCAGACAGGCAGGAAUGGGAGGCCACCUAUGGUGGUAGACCACCGGCCAGUCCCCAUGGCUCAGGCGACUCUGGCAUCGGUGAUAUGAGCGAGAAGAAGGCCCGCUCAAGUCUAACAACCGUACAACGGGUCGAUGACGAGGAAGAGAUAGAGCUUGCUGAAUUGCCUGCUCCAAACUCACCAUCACCAUCCAGGCAGGAGCCGGGCAAUAAGGCCAUCGACGCGGCAGACACCACGGGAGAGACACACGACACAGUCCGGGUUAUUGGAACUGAUGGCGAAGCCAGACCGGUAUCAUGGGCAUCGGCCCGCGAUUCACAGAGAUUAUCCAGGCCAGCCGGACCUGAAGUGAUUCCACUGCCCUUCCAGAUCCCCGUCCAGAGCGACGAAAGAGACGAUGACGAUCGCUCUUCGUUCGCAACGUUUGCUGAUGACGACGACCGCUCAAUUGCCAUGAACAAGCGGGCAUCGAGAGCUUCUCUGGGCAAUCGUCUAUCAGUAGGGUCUGGCCAUCUGCUUCACAGGCUAUCCCGAGGUUCCAUAAGGUCUACAGACUCGAGAAAGAGAAAUGGUGAAUUCUCGCCGACCCAGCUUUCACACGCAUGGGGUGGCAGCGAGGAAGAUCUUGUUUCGGAGAAACCAAGAAGAGACAGCGAUGCUGGAUCCGUGGCCGCAACCAUCGAUGGUCUGAGUUUGGACGGAAAGCCCAAAGACAACGAGUCGGAGUUUGCCAUGGAAAUCAUGGCCGAGUUGGCAGACAAGAAGUCCCAAGGCAGUGCAAGCGUUGUCAAAGAGCCCGCAGAUCAGGCCAAGUUGUCCCCUGUUGACAAGUAUCCAGAAGGUAGACCCAUGUCGACGGCAGAGACUAUCGCGACGGAUAUCCUCAACAUGUCAUUGUUUGGCGAAUCUGCAGACGCCGCGUCGAAACGAAACAGUUCAGUGGCGAAUCUGGGAAAGACAGAGGCAACUUCAGACAUGGGCCAAACGUCUGGGGCUUCGGGAUCAGAGCAUAAAGCAGACAACCCGAAAAAGUCUGCUUCCGCAGUGACCUCGACGCCUUCGACGCCUGCUAGCCUUACCAAAGACCGACUCCCAGGCGGCCUCUCACGCGUGGCAUCUGCUUAUCGGACGAACGAAUGGGCAAAGCAUCUGAGCCAAGCUGAGGUGCCAGAGCCGCAGAAGCUUCAAGAGGAUGUAAGCCCGGCGGAAGAGACGCCCAGGGAUAAUGAGACUGCAGCGCCUGUGAAUGUGGAAAGUUUGCAGCAGACUGCUGAGAAUGGGGCGCCGCCGCCAGCAUUGACACGAUCGUCUUCAUCGCCUUCCAGCUCGCCCCCUGGAUCUAGACCUGUGUCUCAGUCAAACUCGAGGAUGUCGAGUGCCAAGUCGCCAGGGCUGAUCAUCUCAACUUCAUCUCCUCAGGACUCCAGCGCAAAGACCAGCCCUGUGAGUGCUGUGCCGCCUCAUGCCCUACACACAAGCCACAGCUUCCGUAUGAAGUCAGGUGUCAUGAGUCGACGAGUUUCGGAUAUAAUCGGCCAGCCUAUUGCAGAAGAACACGCCGGGGAUUCUUCGUUGGCGGCAGUCCAGGCCGACGGCUUGCUGGGAUCAGCCCAAGUAUCAACUGCAACUCUCGAUCAACUGCAGGCCAAUGCACGUGGGCCUGUGCCGGGGAUUGUAUCACGCUCGACUCCCCAGACUCUGCUGGGCAGACGCGAGAUGCUCUUACGCAACAAGUCAUCCAUCCUGAGCCCUCCCAUCCCCGAGGCUACGACCUAUUCACCGCAGCCAGCCGCGAGCGAGGCCGGGUCGAUGCAUAACUACCCCAUGUACUCCACCUUUGCCGGCCAAGACGCAGACGACCUACCGCUCAGCCAGCGCAAGCAGCUGAUGCGCCAAAGCAGCCUUCUCUCCGUGGCCGGCGGCAACACGAGGCCGGGCAGCAAUUUGAGCAUGGCUUCCUACGGGGCGGACGCGACCAACUUCGACUCCCACCAGCCGCAGAGACACUCGACGUUGCCCUCGCAGCUAGCCCGGGAAUCUCAGCUCGCCAGCUUCCGGCAGUCCGUAGUCCAGGACCUCCGCGCCGUGACGCCGAUCAACAGCAGCCGGGAGAUCACGCCCUCGGCGUCCACGCUCUCGCUGAACAGGGGCGUGAGCGCCGCCCACCGCGAGGCGGAACUCCAGCGCAGCAUGGAGCAGAGCCGGAGCAUGCUGCUGAGCCAGCGGGAGCAGGAGGCCCAGCGCAAGGAGAUGGACAGGCUCGAGAAGGAACGCAACGAGCGCAUGUUCGAGGAGCACAUGCGCAGCGGAUACCUCAUGGACGCCCAUCGCGACGCCAUCCGCAAGAUGCAGAGCGCGGCCCGGUGA